AGUUUGGGUUAAAACAGCUCGAACCUACAUGUGUGCAGUAGUAUCUCUUGCGCCCCCGCGCGGUCUCACCGCUGCACUACACCUGGCAGUGAAAUACGCUGCCUCUCAGCGGCUGCGGCUCCACACUCAACUCCACAGCGUCCAGUCCGCACUCGUCAGUCCUGCGGGGCGACAACAACAGACCAGACGUUCGUCGUCGUCGUCGGCGCCGUGUGUUGGUGAUGGACGAGCGGGCCCCGAGCGAAGCCGCGUAGCCUCCCCACAGAUGGCGGGGUGAGCGAGGAUGCGACUCCCCAUCUCCAUUUUUGUGUCGGUGUCUCUGUUCACGGCGGAGACCACGGCGGCGCUGUACCUCAGCUCCACGUACCGCUCCGCGGGAGACCGAAUCUGGCAGGGACUGACGCUGCUCUUCACGCUGGUGCCGUCCGUGCUGGUGCAGCUCACGCUCACCUUCAUCCACCGGGACCUGGGCAGGGACAGACCGCUGGUACUGCUGCUGCACAUCCUGCAGCUCGGACCCAUUGUCAGGUGUCUGGAGGCGUUCUGCAUCUAUGGCAGCGUCGGCCAGGUCGAGGAGCCGUAUGUCAGCAUCACCAGGAAGAAGCAGAUGCCCCGCGGGGGUCAGUCCGAGGAGGUGGAGCGGCAGGUGGGCCAGGCGGAGGGGAAACUGUUUACGCACCGAGCCGCCUUCGCCCGCACGUCCGUCAUUCAGGCCUUCCUGGGAUCGGCCCCACAGCUCACCCUGCAGCUCUACAUCUGCGUCCUGCAGCAGGGGGUGUCCAUCGGUAGAGGAACACUGAUGGUGAUCUCCCUCCUAUCCAUUGUUUACGGAGCCCUGCGCUGCAACAUCCUGGCCAUCAAGAUCAAAUAUGACGACUAUGAAGUGGACAUCCGGCCCAUGGCGUACGUCUGCAUUUUCCUGUGGAGGAGCUUUGAGAUCGCCACCCGCGUGGUGGUCCUGGUUCUGUUCAGCUCCGUGCUGCAGCUCUGGGUCCUCCCCGUGGUUCUGCUGAACUUCCUCGUCUUCUUCCUCUGCCCGUGGAUCCUGUUCUGGUCGAGCCACUCGCCCUUUCCCGAAAACAUAGAGAAGACUCUGACCCGGGUGGGGACCACCAUCGUGCUUUGCUUGCUCACCUUCCUGUACGCCGGCAUCAAUAUGUUCUGCUGGUCUGCCGUGCAGGUGAAACUCAACGACCCGGACCUCAUCAACAAGUCCCAGAACUGGUAUCGCAUGGCCGUGUACUACAUGCUACGCUUCGUGGAGAACGCCACGCUGCUUCUGCUGUGGUACCUCUAUAAAACGGACUUCUACAAUUUCAUCCACGCACCCUUGCUGUUGCUGCAGCUGCUCGUGGCCUACGCCAUCGCCAUCUUGUUCAUGCUGAUCUUCUACCAGUUCUGUCAUCCGUGUCGGAAGCUCUUCUCCUCCAGCAUGACCCAGGGCCUGUGGGACUGCUCCUCCCUCCUGUGUCUCAUGUGCAGCUCCUCUCCGCCACAGAACAGGCCGACGAGGAAGGAGGCGCCGGAGACUCCGGGGCCCCCCGCGCACCCUGACGCAGCCCACGACACGGCCAGUGACCACACAGACGACGGCCCCAACGACACGAGCUACGACAUCCUCAGCGACACAAUCUAUGACAUUCCGGCAGAGACGGGCGUCAAAAUCGAAGGCGGGAUCAACGGCGAAGUGAGCAACAGUUUAUCGUGCAAUGCUUGAAACCAUCACAAUGUGUGACGUGCCAUUCGGGGGAACACCUCUGACCGCUAUCGUGUUACCUUUCAAGUGCCACAUGGAUACUUUGAACAACGCACCCAUCUGUUUUCUACCACCGUGUGAUAUGUCUACAUGAAGCAAAACGUGUCCUUAACUUUACAUCGAUUCUGGCUGCAAACACGUGUAGUGUUCGCUCGUGUUAAAGAGAUAGAUAAGGGGUUGUUGUUGGUUUUUUUUAAGUGUGGUUGUAUGAGAUGUUGAGAUAUUAAGCAGCAGUGACCGGACCAAGCAAGUUUGACAAAAUGGAUGCUUACUCCCAGUGGGGACACGAGGAAAAAAAUGAUUUUAGCCACUUAAUAAAAUAAUAAAAUGCCUGCUUAAGUCUAAAAUAUCUUGCCGUUAGACAGCCGGUUGCAGCUGGAAUCUAAAGUUUGGUUCUCCCUGCACCAAAGUCCACAGAGAAAGUAAGCGAUUUUACAUUCCAUUACACAGGAGAUGUUGGUGCACUGCUGCCUCUGUUAGUGACUUAAAAAUGUGUUAUUUAAAGCUUUUUGGUGUUUAAAAUUGUUUAAGUUUUACCUGCUCAACACAAAUGUUCCAUAGGAGGCAGCAGUAGACCAGCACCUUCAGUGUCUCCAUGAGCUAAAAAUGCUGAUUUUCACUAUGGACUUUGGUGUGAGGGAAAAAAAAUGUUUUUAUCCACUUAUAAUAAAAUGCCUGCUUAAGUCUAAGAUAACUUAAGACUGUUUUCACUGCUUUAUCUUGCCGUUAGACAGCCUGUUCCAGCUGGAAUCUAAAGUUUGUGUCUCCCUGCACCAAAGCCCAUAGAGAAAAUAAGCGAUUUUACAUUCCAUUACGCAGGUGAUGUUGAUGCACUGCUGCCUCAGUUGGUAACUUAAAAUAUGCUAUUUUAUGACUUUGGGUUGAGACAUUUUAGGUUAAGUUUUACUUCAUUAAGGUAAAUUUACCAUAGGAGGCAGCAGUAGACCAGCACCUCCAGUGUCUCCAUGAGCUAAAAACGCUGAUAUUCACUAUGGACUUUGGUGUGGGGGAAUUUACAAACUUCCUGUUGCAGAUGUUGUAGAUUUAAUGAGGUAUAGCUUUUAUUACAUGAGCAUGCCCGCUGGUUCUUGGCAAAGGUGGCCAGCAGGGGCCGUGCACACCUGAGUCUGUGAGUUUGAAUCUCAUAAAAUUACAAAAAAAAAGCAGAACUUUAACCACUACUGAGAUGAUGCUCACAGUCUCAUCCUGCAGCUUUUACAAAUGCAAAUAAGAAUCAUCCACAGCCAACAUAUUUUUAAGGUUUAGAGACUUUGUCCACAUACUGUAUAUGCUGCAUAUGUGAAAACUAGGAGCCAUGGCAGUCAAACUGAUUGUAUUUAGUAUUUCUCUUUGGCAUGGAGGUGUGCAUGUGUAGAGCCUCUGAUGAGGUGAGUGUAUUAUUCUCUGGGUGUGGGUGGGGAGUAUGUUUUGUACAGCUGUUUUUUCUUGAAACUCUUAUUAGUUUUAUGGCUGCAAGCAAUACAGCUUUUUUUUUUUUUAACUCCUUGAUAAAAAGCUUUAUCAUGAACACA